AUGUUUGUUCUAGGAAUUUUUUUACACAUUACUUUCUUGUUUUCUAUCUUUGACAUAUAUUUUAAAUCACCAAUUGUUAAAAAUGUGCCUCCUUAUCAGCCCCAACAUGGAGACUUAUCUGAAAGACUAAUUCUAUUCAUGGUUGAUGGACUAAGAGCUGAAUCAUUUGUUAACUACACUACAAUGCCUUAUUUGAGGUCUAUUGCAAGUACUCAUGGUAGAUGGGGAAUCUCAAACACUCAAGUCCCAACAGAGUCACGCCCGGGACAUGUGGCAGUUAUUGCAGGUUUCUAUGAAGACCCAUCUGCUGUAGCCAAGGGAUGGAAGGAAAAUCCUGUAGAUUUUGAUUCAGUUUUCAAUCAAACUUCAUACACAUGGUGUUGGGGUACUUAUGACAUAGUGAAUAUUUUCACCAAAUCCAAUAUUGAUGAUCAUAUUGUGGUACACGAAUUUGAUCCUUAUGACCAGAGUUUUAGCACUGAUAAAAAUACUACACUUCUGGAUGCUUGGGUUUUUGACAAUGUAAAAUUGUUUUUCCAAAAGGCAAAUGAUGAUGUCAUACUGAAAGAAAAAUUGAAAAGUAACAAAAUAGUAUUUUUCCUGCAUUUGUUGGGCACUGAUACUGCAGGACACACCCAUAAACCUAAAACUCCGAACUUCUUGACAACAUUGAAACAUGUUGAUGAGGGAAUACAAGAAAUUGAAAAGGUGAUCAGGGAUUAUUAUAAUGAUGAUGGAAAAACUACCUUUUUGAUGACAUCAGAUCAUGGCAUGACAGACUGGGGUUCUCAUGGUGCUGGAGAUGAUCAUGAAACAAAAACACCUUAUGUGAUAUGGGGUGCAGGUAUAAAGCAAGCAGAAAUGAGACAACUUGAUCCUGAAACAGAUGGAUUGUCUUUCGACCACAGAUUGGAUAUCAAUCAAGUGGAUUUGUCUCCUCUAAUGUCCACUAUUCUUUCUAUUCCUGUACCUGUUAAUUCUAGAGGGAGACUAACAACAGAACUGUUUGAUAUGGCCUUACCUAACAAAGCUAAAGCUAUAUACAGUAACAGUAGACAAUUAGCUUCACAGUACAAUAAGAAAAGGCUUGAUGUGGAGGAACAUGCUAUAUCAUACCUAUACCAACCUUAUGAACCAUUCAGCAAAGAAAAAUAUGAAGAAGUUAUACAAUUCACUGAGAAACUACUUUCUGAAGAAGAAUAUGAGAAAUUGAUACUAAUGAGUGAAGAGAUUAUAGAUCUAAGCCUGUCUGGAUUAAAGUACUAUCAUAAUUAUUACCAGCAGCCUCUUCUAGUAUUAGUCACUUUAUCAUUUUUAGGAUGGAUAGCAUGUCUACUGAAAUUGUUAUCUGAACAAAAGUUUAAUACUCAAACAGCAACGGCUAACAACAGAGCAUCUUCAAGAAUGUUCAGAAUACUGAAUAUAUUAUUUUUCUCUUUGUGCUGUUUAUCUAUCUUCUUAGUAUAUGCACAAAAUUUGCCAGUCCAGUAUUAUUUAUAUUCCAUAAUGCCUCUUGGUUUAUGGUGGUAUGCAUUGUCAUCUACAUCUCUAUGGCUAAUGGGGCUGAGCCAAAUGAGAAGAAACAGGAAUAUUCUUCUAUUGUUAUUUGAGAUUGCAAGUUAUACAUUAGGUUCUAUUGUAUUGGGACUGUCAUUUACAUAUAGGUGGGUGUUGAGCUUACCACUCUUAGGUAUGGGUAUAUGGCCAUUCUUUUCUUCAACAAGAAACCAUUUAACUACGCCAAUACUCAUAGCUUGGCCUGUCGGGUGCUUAUUACUUAGUGCAUUUUCCUUCAUGCCUGUUGUUGGAAAAAAUGUUUUUAUUGAACUAGUCAUAUCUGCUGGUGUUAUAUGGUUGUUUUCUAUUAUGAUAUACAUUAAUAAAAUUCUGUUACCACUAUGUUAUAGAAAAUAUGAGAAUAAGACAGAAAUAGUAUUAUCUGUAAUACAAGCAGUAUUACUUGUUGUAUCUCUGCAUAAUAUUUAUGUGCAAUCUAUGAGAUUUGAACAAGGCACGCCAGUGUCUUACUUUGACCAAACUGUAGCUUGGUUUAUAGCAGGUACAUCAUUAGUGCUACCACUACUAUUUUCAAGAAGACUGAUUUGCCGUAUUUUGGCUAUAAACACAUCAAUUUUAAACUUCUACCUUUUAUUGUCUGUUUCCCAUGAAGGCCUAUUUAUGGUUACGUUGAUUGUCAAUUUAAUGUGUUGGAUUUACAUCGAAAGUAAACUGCUACACAUAAAGAAUUCAAAGCUAAUUGAAAGUAGUUUUGAAAAUGAGAACAACGAAAAAAUCAAGACUAUCACUACAAUUGAAAGAGAAAUUAGCAGUCAAGAUUUUAGAAGAGCUUUCUUUUUCAUUUUGUACAUAAUACUAGCCUUUUUUGGGACUGGUAACAUUGCAUCACUGAACUCAUUUGAAGUGAGAUGGGUGACAUGCUUCAUUACAUCAUUCCAGCCUUUCGUUAUUACUACACUAAUAUUAUUGAAGACCUUAGCACCAUUCUUGAGUGUAGCUUGUAGUUUUAGAGCUGUACAACAUUUAACUAAGGCACCAACUGGAUAUUUAAUAAUAAUUGUAUUGAUAUAUUCCAAUUUGAUGGGUAUACAACUGCUGUACAAUGUGAAAAACACUGGAAGCUGGCUAGAAAUUGGUACUUCCAUAUCACAGUUUGUUAUUGUUCAAGUUAUCACACUAUUUAUUGUUUUAAUUAAUCAAAUUGCUAAAUUGUUAACUGAUAUCAGUAUUUAUAGUUUUACGAAUAAGUUAUUUAAAAGUCGAAAGAAAUAUGUUUGA